CAUAGCGUCUUCUCCCUCGCCUUCUAGCGCGCCUUCUAGCUCGUUUCGAUGCAUGCUCUAGCGCAUUGCCUCAUUUCCCCUAGCGCAGCCGGAUUGCUCGGCCCCGGCGAUGAUUGGCGGGUUGCUGCCAUGGCUGGGCUGCGGAUGACUCUGCUAGGCCUCUCUCGGCCUCUGCUCCUCCCCAGCCUGGGGAUGUGUGGGGGGCAUGGAUGGCGGAGAUGGGCUGAAGGGGAGAGCUCUGCACUGCUGUGCGCUGCAUUGCGGUUGGGACACUGGUGGGGUUUGUCGAGAAGGCGGGUGGUAUGAUGUGUAAUCCGUGAUGAUGGAUGAGGUAUGGAAAGUUCGCGCUCGUCUUCGGAGGGUCCGUCAGAUCGGAGCUCGAAAGCAUGCGACUCGUGUCGUCGACGCAAAACGAAAUGCAUUCGUCGAGAGCAAUCGGCCGCCUGCGACAAAUGCACCAGCAUCGGCCUCUUCUGCACCUUCAAGUAUCCCGUGCUCAAGAAGGGCCCGAAGCUGGGUGUUGCUAGACGCGCGACAUCGUCUCCGGAGCAAGAGUCGUGGCUGACAUAUCUCGAAUCGAACAAUGCCUCGACGCAACCCGCCUCGACAGAGCGUGUGCCAACCUCGCGCCCGUCCUGUCUACCCGACAACAUGAUUGCAGUCUGUCUCGGCGUCUUCUUUACCAACGUCUACCCACACGCACCCUUGAUCGACCGCGAAGAUGCGCAAAACAUGGUGUUGCAAGUCGACACGAGUGUCGAAGCCCACUGCAUCAUCCUAGCCCUGUGCUCCCUCGCCCUCCUCGUGAGCGAUGACAUCGCCCUUUCCACCGAAGCCCCCGCCUCAGCAAGCUCGCUCUCAAUGCAGCUGUGCGCGCACGUUAUCGCAAAGCGCAGAAGCGGCCCCAACGCCACACAAGCCCUCACCUCCGCCAUCAUCAUCGACACCUUCCUCGCAUGCAUCUACGAGCGCAGCGGCGACGACGAUCGCGCGUGGUUCUACCUUCGAGAAGCAACCACUCUCUCACAUAUGCUUAGUAUGCAUCGAGAGAGCUACUACACCGGCAUUAAUCUGCAUCAGUCGACGCGAGAUCGCCGGCUCCAUUGGUUCUUGUUCGCUGCUGAGCGCGCACAUGCUUUGCGCUCGUAUCGUCCCGUCACUCUCCACCCGACGAUCCACGCUUUGACGACGUAUAGCAGCAGUGCCGACGCUACACAGCUAAUUCCCUUCAUGCGGUGGGUAGAGUUGUGCAUAGUGAUCGACGCCCAAUUCCUCUCCAUCUGGAACGAUGAAGAGACGACAAGUUUGUCAAUCGAGUGGAUAUUCAAAGUCGAGCAAAAGCUCCAACUGGCAUCGCUUGUGCUCGCCGCCUGCCCAGCCGAUCUGGUAGACGUCUGCUGCUUGCAAAUCUGGAUGAACGUGUUGCUCUGGCGCCUCGCGUUUCGCAAAGGCCUGGUUUCCCACGCAUUCAAUACCGGGGUGCUGAGUUUGGGAUACCCAUGCGAGCUGGCUAGCAGCGUCACGCGUUUCGUAAACGACUAUCCCAUCGAGACUCUUCGCGUUCAUGGCCACCUUCUGACCAAGAAACUCUUCGACAUCGCCUGCUGCGUCCUCGAUGCCACCGCACACGAAUUCCACCUUCAAGGCUACCGCGACCCCCACGUCGACGAGCAAGUAAACCGCCUACUGCUCCUCGUGUCCAAACUGCCCGAUACCCGGCAACAGUACGUCUCGUCACUGCUCUCCAAGAUCCGUUCCUCGCGCCUCGAAUCGUUGCAUUCUUUCUCCUCGCACGCCUCUUUCUCCAUCGUGUCUGCGCCCAAUACGUCGGUGUUGCCGUCGCCGACCUUGUCAUCGGCCUCCUCGUCCGACGACUGGGUUGCUUCGCCCUCCUCGCUGACGGACAUUUGGCUGCCGGCGCCGCCUUGGAACUCCACUUUUCAGGCGGAGUGGACAAGUGCUGAUGGCGGGGCCCAGGAGUACUUUGAUUCUUUGAUGGAGCAUGAGACUGGAUGCUUAACAAGGACGCAUUACGUUUGAUUUCCAUCAGAUUCACGGGUAGACCGACGUGGCAUAUGCCUAACGAUAUGUGCUCCAAUGCU